AUGCGUACUUUUUAUACCCCCGCUUUGUUAGCUUUGACGGGUGUGGUGGCUGGUCAAUUGGAGGCUGCCAGUGGUGAAUUCAAUAUUACUUCGCCUUUGAUGAAUGGCGUUUACGUCGCUGGCCAGAUAUUACCUGUAACAUAUUAUUUAACCCGAGAUUCUUCCAAGUUACAUCUUAAUAUUUACUUGCAGCCUGUGGGUAUCAAUUACACCACUGCUGUCAUUGCUCAGGAUGCUGAUGUAUCCGAGAACCCUUCGGCUGUUGUCACCGUCAACCAUGAAACGGUAUGGCAACAUUCCUAUAAUUAUGAAAUCCCUCCCACGGCACCCGCAGGCACAUAUCAGGUGAUUUUCGAAUCUGUGCGUACCCAUGCGAACACCUCUAUUCCCAUCACCAUCCGACCUUUCGUAUCGAGCGCUUCUCCUAUGCCAUCAUCCACUGCCGUCUCCUUGGCUACUAGCAGCAGUUCCACUUCAUCCACCCCAGCCAAGUCUUCCAGUAGCAUAGCACGGUUGUCAAACGAUAUUGCCGUGACAACCAUUGCAGUAAUGGCAGGCACAUGGUUAACAUGGAUCCUUUGA